AAAAGUAAACUGCAACAUGGCGACUCCCAUGCACAGAAUAAUAGCCAGGAGGCAAGCAGAGGCGAACAAACAACAUGUGCGCUGUCAGAAGUGUUUGGAGAUGGGACACUGGACCUAUGAAUGCACUGGGAAGCGGAAAUAUGUACACAGGCCGUCAAGAACAGCUGAGAUGAAAAAGAAGCUCAAGGAGAAUGAAAACAAACCCAUCAGCAUCACUGGACCAGGAAGAGAAGGCUCCAGUGAGAAGAAAAUAAAAAAGAAGGCUAAAGACUCCAGCGACAGCAGCAGUGAUUCAGACGGCUCCUCCAGUGACUCAUCGUCAGACAGCAGCGACUCCUCCAGCUCCUCUUCAGAUGACAGCGACAGCAGCAGUGACAGCGACGAUGACAGCUCUUCCUCAUCCUCCUCUUCCUCCUCCUCCUCCUCGUCCUCAGACAGCUCAGACUCGGGGAGCAGCAGCGAUUCAGAUCAAGGACCUCCAAGGAAGAAGAAAAAGAAGAAAUAAAUAAAUGCAUUUGGGUUUUCUUGUUGUUUGUUUCUCUAAGUAAUUUUAGCUGUUCAGUUUUUUUUUCUCUCUAAUCCAUCAUGGUUGUAUAAGACUGGAUAGGACAUCUUUAGAGAUGUAAAUCUAACAGCUGCAUACUGCUUGUACACUAAGGAAAUGGAGAUUAGAGAGAAGAGUUUAUUUUGGGAUGUCUAUUGUGUCAUGUUCUGUUUUCACAACAUAUUUCCCCUGUUACUUCUGUUGAUGUGAUAUUUUCUCAAGUUUGUAGGUCUAAAUUUUAAAUAUAUCAUGAGCAUAUUCAUGCUCAAUUUGUGAUUUUGUACUAAAGUAUAUUUUUAGUCAAGCUUAUUCUGUACAGCUCACAACCUUAAUAAAGAAACGCCAUAUGUAGUAUCGAAAAGACAUUGAUAUGAGACCUUUUGAAGGACACCGAAUAAAAGUUCUGUUUCCCAAAUCCUGAAUUUGAAGUUAGGUCUUGUUGCUAAGAAAUUGCUGUUGCUUAUUUCAUUGUAAAAUAAACUUGGCUAGUUUUCAAGGCUCUUGCACCUUUGCUAUUGUAAAAGGUUUUUCAUUUUGCAUAAGA